CGUACCAUAUCCCGUGAACACGACAAGCCGGGGGAUAUAUUUCGAUUACAUUGGGUAUUGCUAAUGGCGAAAAAGAACGGCCCUUUAGAGGUGUUAUCACCGCAGCCCGUCAGCGAUGAACGCACACCUUUACUGGGAGAGUCCGGCGGAGAUGGCGAGGGACUCGAAGCUCAAGCGGAGCAAGAACGGCGUGAACAUGACGUGGGCGCCACGCCUGUGGCCGAUGAGCCAAAUACACGCAAGCUGCUGUUGACCAUGUCGAGUCUUUGGGUGUGCACUUUUUUUGCGGCUCUCGACGCCACGAUCGUUGCUACUCUUGCAAAACCCAUCACCGCUUCCUUCGAAUCCGGCACCUUGUACUCCUGGGUUGCGUCUGGCUAUCUCAUCGCAAAUGCCGCUUUUCAACCACUAUCAGGAAAGUUGACCGAUAUCUAUGGACGUCGUGCAGGGCUUGUCUUUGCUACGAUCUUCUUCGCCGCCGGUACCCUUAUCUGCGGACUUGCUCAGACGGGUUGGAUGAUGAUUCUUGGGCGCGUAGUCGCUGGCUCCGGUGGCGGAUGUCUGAAUACGAUCUCCACAUUCGUCGCGUCGGAUCUUAUUCCUCUACGGAAACGCGGUGUGUGGCAGGGCAUGGGCAACAUCGUCUUCGGCACCGGGAUGGGGCUAGGCGGAGUGUUUGGUGGAGCCAUCCAUGAUCGAUUCGGGUGGCGAUACGCUUUCUAUCUCCAGGUUCCCUUCAUCCUGAUCGGGGGAGUGCUCGGCUGCGUCAUGAUCAACGUCCCCGUCAAGGAAACCGAGGAGGACAAAAUCCAUCGCGUCGACUUCCUGGGCGUCUUUACGCUGGUGACAAGCCUUGUGCUGCUUCUGCUCGGUCUGAAUUCUGGCGGCAACAUAGUCCCGUGGAACCACCCAUUGGUGUGGGUGACGCUGCCGCUCAGCAUGGCGUUUCUCGCUGCAUUUGUCUACGUGGAGGCCCGUGUUGCUCAUGAGCCAAUAAUUCCCGUCCACUUACUGCUCUCUCAGACUGUCAGUGCGGCAUGUUUGGUGAACUGGUUUUCAACCAUGUCUGUGUUCGCUCUCGUCUACUACGGUCCAAUCUACUUUCAGGUCGUCAUGGGCGUUUCGGCUACGCGGGCGGGCACCUUGUUUAUACCACAAUCCGCCGGCACCGCUCUUGGAUCUCUGGGCUCCGGCCUCUUCAUGCGCGCCACUGGAAAAUAUCGUUGGCUCAACCUUCUUAUGCAGGUCAUCAUGAUUUCAGGUUGCUCUUUGAUCCUCGCGACGUUCAACGCCAGCGUCGAAGACGUACCUCCCUUCAUUUACCUGUUCAUGGUCGGAUUCGCGUAUGGCUCCAUGCUGACCGUCACGCUCAUCUCGCUGAUCGCCGCGGUCGACCACAAGUACCAGGCCAUCAUCACGUCUGCCUCGUACGCGUUCCGCUCGACGGGAUCCACCAUCGGCAUCACCAUCGGCAGCGCAGUAUUCCAGAAUCUCCUCAAAACGGGCCUAUUCAAUCGAUUCGGCGAUCGACCCGGUGCAACGGACGAAAUCCGACGGAUUCGAGAGAAUCCAGACGAGGUCAUGCACUUGCCCCCCGGGUGGCACGAUGGUGCGAUUGAGGCUUACGUAGACGCCUUGAGAGGGGUAUGGGUGGUUGUUCUGGGCUUCGCUCUCUUGGCUGCCUUUACAAGUCUGUUCAUCAAGGAACAGGUCUUGCACAAGAAUCUGGAGCGGAGCCGCUGAGACCGCAAAGAUUACUGAGAUGCCUGAACCAUAGCGAUGGUUCGGCUGGUAAUGUUUAGUACAGAGCGUGCGAAUGUCUACGCGUUGUCAAGCGCAGCACA